AUGAUAAUAGACAAUUCCACCUUCAAUGCAAACAUUGAAGGGUUCAAUGAUGAUAUUAUAAGUAACUUACACUGCUCAGAACAUAUAUUCAAAAUCACCAACAAUUAUAUCAAAAGUAUCAACGAUAAAAAGCUAAGUUUCGUAGAAGCAGAAUUCGGGGAUGAUAAGAUUCAAUUCACAAUCUCGUACGACGAUUUUUAUAUGGUUCCAGUAUUUCAUUUUAGACUAUUUGAUAAGCAAGAACUAGCCAAACCUCCUCCUGGUAAACUUGCCACUACUAACCCGCAUCCUUUACUUAACCUAGAUCUAUGGUGGUGGAUUCAUCCUUGUGAAACCUUGCACACCAUGAAUCAAUUCAAACUUGAAACUCCUUUACAGUACUUGAAACUAUGGUUUGCUACUUAUGGAAUAUCGCUGCUAUUACCUACAAUAACUUUGAGAAAGUAUUCAUGA